GUCAUUUUCGUAAACUACUCACUAUCCCCCGAAGUGCGUCAUCCUGUUGCCUUGGAAGAAUGCUAUGAUACCCUUGAAUGGAUUGCUAAAAACGGUGCCUCCAUCAAUGUCGACACGAGCAAGCUGGUCGUUGCAGGUGAUAGCGCUGGCGGUAAUCUCACUACUGUCUUAUCAAUGCUCGACAAGAAACGCGGUCUUAAUGCCAUCAAAUACCAAGUACUUUACUAUCCCGUGACCGAUGCCAACUUUUCCACUGGCUCGUACAAUCAGUUCCAAGAGGGCUAUUACUUGACGCGCAAGAUGAUGGAGUGGUUCUGGAAUCAGUAUGUUCCCGAAGAAAAGGAUCGUCGCGACAUUACCGCAGCACCUUUACAUGCUUCGGACGAGGAUUUGAAGGGAUUGCCACCAGCUUUUGUCAUGACGGCAGAAGCCGAUGUAUUGCGUGAUGAAGGUGAGGCGUAUGCUCGGAAGCUUGUGGCUGCUGGUGUUCAAGUCACUGCCGUGCGCGUGCUGGGCUUGAUUCACGGUGUAUUCAACGUUGGCAACUUGAGCCCUCUCACUUCAUGGGUUGUUGAUCAAACCGUGGAGACUUUGCAAAAGUUUUGGGGGACGCGUGCGAACCUUUGA